CCACUCGUCAGCUCUUCACGGUGGUUUCAGAAGUUUUAAUAAGCGAUGGAGAGGAAGAGGAGGGAGAAGCUGCGGUCGACCUCACUGGUGUCAUGGUGAAUAACACAACUACUCUGUGUGUCUGAACGAGCUUUAAGAAGAAGCGGGGGACAUCUUCACCUCCUGAAAGAUGGUGAUACAAUACGGACAAGCUGCCUUGGAACAGAUAAAAAGAGAAGGAUAGAGAACAGAUCGAAGCAGUGAAAUAGCAAGAGCACUUAUCGCAGACAUACAGAAGACAUCAUGUCUGCCUCCAUAAAGCAGGAGAGAACCAUUUGUGUUCUCCUCCCCAACAAAGAACAGCUGGACAUCACUGUCAGGCCAAAGUCCACAGGGCAUGAUGUUUUCAGUCGUGUGACAGAGCUUCUCGGAGUCAAAGAGCUGUACUUCUUUGGCCUCACAGUGGUGAAGGACAAUGAGCACAUAUUUAUAGAUAUGGAGGAGAAACUGAUCAAGUACUUUCCCAAGGAAUGGAGGCAAGAUUCAGGAAAGGCACUUCAGAAGAGACCUUUGCCUCUCGUACUCUUCCUCAAAGUGCAGUACUACGUGGAGAAUGGUAGACUCAUUUGUGAACGAAAGGCACGACAUCUAUACUACUCCGACUUGCGCGAGCGUGUGCUUCGCUCUGAAUUUCGUCAGCAAGAGGAGGUUUACUUCCAGCUGGCAGGUUACGCCUUGCAGGCUGACCUCGGCGACCACCCGCUGCCCAAGGAGUAUGGAGAGAUCACCCCGUACUUUGAACCCAAGGAUUACUUUCCCCCGUGGAUUGUAGCUAAGCGUGGGGUGAACUACCUCCUCUGUCAUGGGCCCAAAGUUCACCAGGAGCUGUGGGGUGUGUCUGCCCGUGACGCCAUCCUGCUCUUCAUCCGGGAGUCGUGUCGACUGGAGGACGUACCUGUCACAUUUUACAGACUGCAAAAGGACAAAAAGGAGGAGAGAGGAACAGCGUUGCUCGGUCUGACCCUACGAGGAAUGCAGGUUUAUCAGGAGGUAAACAACACCCGACAGCUGCUGUACAACUUCCCCUGGUCAAACGUGGGACGUCUCACCUUCCUGGGUAAGAAAUUCGAGAUCCAGCCAGAUGGCUUGCCAUCAGCUCGGAAGCUGGUUUACUACACUGGGUCGUCCUUUCGCUCUCGCCACCUCCUCCUGCACCUGAGCAGCAGCCAUCGACUCUACCUCAGCCUCCAGCCCGCCCUCAAACACCUACGCCAUCUUGAGGAGAGCGAAGAGAAAAAGCGUUACAGAGAAUCAUACAUCAGCGAUGACCUGGACCUGGACCCCCCCGGCAGCGAGAGCAGCCCUGGUCUGUCUCGACACUCGACCACAAGCUCUGGGAUCGAAGCUGACGCCCGCCAACAUAGCAUCUCCACGGAGAUGACCUCCAUGGAGGAUGAGAGUCAGCGGCAAGGAGAGCAGUGUUUCAGCUCAGCGGCGAGCCGCAGCAGCUCCUGCACCUCCGGGUUUGACGCAAGCAGUAAGAGUCGAAUAGAAGACGACGGGUCACAAGAAGAAGGAAUGAAGACCAAUGUUGGAAGUCCAUUGGAAGCUCUUGUAGAUGAUCCUGAUGAGAUGUUCCAGUUGGCGGAUCUUCUUGACGGAGUGUCAGUGGAUUGUGCAGAAGUCCCCUCAGACACACACUCAUCAGAAAACAAAGCGUCUCCCCCAGACUCUGAUGAAAAUCUUGGGAAAUUGCACAUUGAUGAUCUGUUAAAACAGAUGCUGAAAUCUAAAACACAUGUGUGUGCAGAUCGGCACAGCCACAGUCUAGAUGACAUCAGCCUCUUUCCACCUCCAACUCCUCUGGGGACAACACUGCUGCCCGAUUCCUCCCACAGCUACACCUUCGGGUUCCCUGAUAUCUCUCCAAACCCAAAGACCCCUGUCGACCACACUUACUUCCCUCUUUUGCACUGCCAAGCCAAACCCUUGUUCUAUGGCCGCAGGUCUACCAACAGCCUUUCUCUGGACAUGUUAGGCGAUGAACAGUUUCUCGAAUUCAUAUUUUGAAUACCUGACGUCCAUAAAAAAACGCCCGUUCUCUUCCUUCAUUCCUGGUGCAACUAAACCCACAGGUUGCCAACGUGUAAAUAUGUAUUUUCUGUUUGGUGGUGAUAAAAACAAGGGUGCCUGAAUUUCCAGAGACUACUGAAAAUGACGGGAACCCUCACUCCUUCUGGAAAAGUUGUGGAUUAGACAACAGAUCUAAUCAAGCAACAUUUCAAUCAGUGAACCGAGUAUAUUUAUUAAUGUUGUAUAUUGUGUUCAUACACUACUUGCACUAUUUUAUUAUAUUUCAUCUUCUUAAAGCAAAUGCAUUUUAAUCCGUUUUCUUGUAACUUGUAAAGUUGACACUGUCAAAAACUUAUGGAGGUUUUAGGUUAGUGUUGAGGGUGUAAUGUUUCGAAAUUUUAAGCAAGGCAACUUCUGUUUUUUUUUAUUUCAACACCUAAACCUUUCAUUGUCUCAUCAUGUGCUCCUGUUUUCCUUUGUCCUAUAUUUUUUUAAACCAUAUUUUAUAACGUACUCUAUUUUUGUAUAGUGUGCUCUGUCAUGCAUUUCCUAUUAGUCGGCCACAGCAAUGUACCUGCUGGUGUGGAAAAUUGAAGCUCUUUACAGCUGGUAGUGCAUUCAUCCAAAGCUUCCCCCGUUUCCUAUUCUCCUCCCGCUUUUCAUAAUUACUACAGAAAAGUAUUAUUUGUAAAGCACUAUUUCUGUAAGCUGUCGGUGUGUAAUGAAUCUGCAGUAUCUGUUGUGUGAUGUAAGCCACAGAACAAAGAGCCGUUCAGUCAGUUUUGUUUUGACAUCACUGUGUGGACGAUAAUUGCAAAAUAACUGGUGUCUUCCGCCAAUAUGAGCUCACUGGAAAAGAAUGUCAGCCCUUAAAUACAGAGAUAUUUUUCCUCGAUGCCAACAAUGAAUGAAUAACUGACAAGAGUUAAAUCACAAUACUGAUCAAUUACUUUUUUAUCUAAAGCACUGCUUUUUUUUAUCAUAAUGAAAAUAAAUUCUUAAUGCCACAAAAUAAA